AUGGGAGUAAAGAAAAAAGGUGACAAAAAAGGAGUCAAAAAAGGCAAGGCAAAGAAAGAGCCAGAAAAUCCUCUAGCUAAUUUAUCAGUUGAAGAGCAAUAUAAUGCUAGACUAGUUGAAUGGAGAUCACUUCAGCAAAUUCUAAUCCAAGAAACUGAAGCAGCUGAUAGAGAAAGAGCUUCUGAAAACGAACUAAGAGCCAAAGUUAAUAUACUCUGUAAUGAUUUAUAGCUUAAUGGAUGAAUUCUUCCUAUUUCCCAGCUAUAGAAAAUAAUUACUAUGGAAAUCUGGCCUUUAGAUUGCUUCUAAUAAGGAUAAAUUUAGCCAAUAAGUUAUAGAAGAAGAAAAGAAAAGGACUUGGGACGUCACUUGUGACAUGACCAGACAAUAUAAAUCAAUGCAACAAGAAAAAGAUGAAAAAAUCAAAGUUUUAGAAGAAAGAAUUGAACAAAACCAAGUGAAAAUCCAGCAAAGAGACUCGCAGCUGCAAGAAAUUAUGAAAGAAAAAGAAGGAGUUUUGAGAGAGAAAGAAGAAGAAGUUAAGGAGCUAAGAAAGAAAAUUGAUGAUAUGUCUUCUAGGUUUGCAAGCAUACUUAAGGAUACUCUUGAUCAGAUGAAAGAAAAAAUUGAGAUGGUCAACAAAAACUGGGAAGAAGAAAUGGAAGUUCCUAUGCUCAAAAAACUUGAAGAUUUUGCUCAUUAG